AUGGCCUCUCCUACCCAACCAAAGCCGUUGCCAUUCUACGCACAGUUCACAGCCGGAGCGAUUGCUGGUGUUACCGAGCUUUUGUGUCUUUACCCUCUCGAUGUCGUCAAGACGCGAAUGCAGUUGCAGGGAAGAGCAGAGGUCGGCGCAGAACGUUACAAUGGUAUGGUUGAUGCCUUUAGAAAGAUUAUCAAGUCUGAAGGAGCGGGUCGCCUAUAUAGAGGUCUGGUAGCACCGCUGAUGCUAGAAGCUCCCAAACGAGCCGUCAAAUUCGCUGCCAACGACUUCUGGGGUAAAACAUACCGUUCCCUCACUGGACAAUACCAGAUGAACCAAUCUCUUUCCCUCCUUACCGGCUGCUCGGCUGGUGCGACAGAAUCGAUCGUCGUCGUACCUUUCGAACUCGUCAAGAUUCGUCUCCAAGACAAGGCGCAAGCGCAUCUCUACACUGGACCGAUGGACGUUGUUCGGAAGAUCGUUGCUGCCGAUGGCCUGCUCGGACUGUACGCUGGUCUGGAAAGCACAUUCUGGCGUCAUGUUCUAUGGAAUGGUGGUUAUUUCUCAGUCAUCUUUGCCGUUCGGGCACAAAUGCCAAAAGCUCAAUCUAAAACAGAACAGCUUACAAUGGAUUUCAUCUCUGGUUCGAUCGGUGGUAUGGUAGGAACUAUGAUCAACACUCCAGCAGAUGUGGUCAAGUCAAGAAUUCAAAACACACCCAAUCUAAAGGGUCAGGUGAGGAAGUACAAUUGGACUUUCCCAAGUAUUGCCCUCAUUGCCAAGGAAGAAGGUUUCUCAGCACUUUACAAAGGUUUUACCCCAAAGGUCCUUAGGUUGGCACCCGGUGGUGGUGUGCUGCUCUUGGUUGUCGAGCUUGUCUUGGGUCAGUUUCGAUCUUUCCUUGGUCCACCAUAUGUGGUGCCGGAUGUGCAGAACAAGUGA